AAGAGGAAUAAAUUGGUAAUAAUCCACACAACCACCCUUUUUGGGGAAGACCUUGUUGAUGUUAAAUGGGUUUCUUUGAAGCUCAACAACCCCUUUGCCACUCACCACUUGUUCCAUAAAACCACUUGUUCUCCAUGGCAAUGGCACUCAACUCUGCUCUGUGGAUCGCAAAGAUGGCGUGGAUUGCUCUAACUGGCUGGAUUACUUCGUGUUUGACCAUUGCUGACGAGUUCGCAUCCUCUCUCCGUUCUGGUGAUAUUGGACCCUUCCAUGUUGGCUGACCCAAUUUGGCUUUUUGAUCACCCUUUCUGAUUCCUUCUUCCAAGUUAGAUAUUGGACACACGUAGUCAAGUUUGCUUCCAUAUAUUGCAAGAGAAAGAUUACCAACAUAUGUUCUUUCUUGUCAGUAAACAAUGCCCUCUGAAGACUGCAUAUCCACAACUGUAACAAACUGAAUUAUUUGCCAAGAAGUAUGUCUAAGAAACUGCACUGAUAAACCAAACAGAACAUUCAAUGCUCAUAAAAGAGUUAAUACCUGUACCAGAUUGGCUCUUUAACAUCAAUGAUCUCAUCAAAUUUAAUAGCUUUAGACCAAAUUGACUGGAAUUCUAUGCUAGAAACUUCAAUAUCAAGGAACAUUGGCUAGGACUUGCUCAAUUAGAUCAUUUGAUGUACUAGGAAUUUAUGUUCUCAGGUCAUGCAGUGAAAUUUCAUCAGGAAAAAAGCAUAGUGUAUACAUAUAAUGUCAUUGUCAAAUGCGAUUAUAUCCAAGCACAUUAUUUAAUAUAAGGACUCUUCAAGAUAUUUUCUCUGUUCUGGCUUUUAUUAUCAAAGACUAACAAGUGGUUUGCAUCAAGAGUGGUCAAUUUGUAGGAUUUCAUUAUUUCACAACCAAAAUCAGGAUAUAUAAAUGUAACCUUGAAAGCAACAAUCACC